GCUGUGGGGACGUGUUCGGAGGAAGCCGGCGCCGGACCCGGCCGGGUCGGCGACAUGGAACCGCUGUACCAGCAAACGCACAAGUCCACCAGAUCCAGUCUCACAUGGGACGCCUGGAGACGGCAGACAAGCAGUCUGUGCACUCAAUUAUUCUUUUUUCUCUUUUGUGCAGUGGUAGAAAAUGAAAUCCAAGCAAGCAUAGACCAGAUAUUCAGCCAUCUAGAACGUCUGGAGAUUUUGUCCAGCAAGGAGCCCCCUAACAAAAGACAGAAUGCCAAACUUCGGGUUGACCAGUUAAAGUAUGAUGUCCAGCACCUGCAGACUGCUCUCAGAAACUUCCAGCAUCGGCGAUAUGCAAGGGAGCAGCAGGAAAGACAGCGAGAGGAGCUUCUGUCUCGCACCUUCACCACCAACGACUCUGACACCACCAUACCAAUGGAUGAAUCACUGCAGUUUAACUCUUCCCUCCAGAAAAUUCACCACGGCAUGGAUGACCUCAUUGGAGGCGGGCACAGUAUUCUGGAGGGACUGAGGGCCCAGAGACUGACCUUGAAGGGGACUCAGAAGAGGAUCCUUGACAUUGCCAACAUGCUGGGCUUGUCCAACACAGUGAUGCGGCUCAUUGAGAAGCGGGCUUUCCAGGACAAGUACUUUAUGAUCGGUGGGAUGCUGCUCACCUGUGUGUUCAUGUUCCUCGUGGUGCAGUACCUGACAUGAGCCAGCUAAGCCCAGCAGCUGAACGACGUUCCCACUGCCUGAGUGUGUGUGUGUGUGUGUGUUGUGAGCGUGUGCGCCUGUGAAAGAGAAAGGGGGCCCAGAGGCCAUGUUUUGAGAUGUAUGUCCAUCUAACUGUGAAAACCACUCAGAAGUAAUUGUGAUCUGUAACCUAGUUGGAGUUUCAAACCUGCUCUGUUUUGCACGGCAUCUUAGAGGGGAAGCUAGUGCUACCACGGUUCAUAGUGUGUACGAAAUGAAAGAAGUCCCUGUUCUCUCUCUCACUCACUCUCCCUGGGGGAGGAAGGGGUGAGGAAGGAAGGGGAAAGGAAAAGAAUGGCUUUGGUGUUUUGUUCACAUAGAUGAUGCGUGCCCUGGGAAGGCUUUCAUGGCUACCUGUCCAUAUUUUGUCAUCAUCCAGUCUUUCUGGCUCCUAAUAGAUAGGCUGGAGCAGAAACAGAGAGAAUGAGGGGAAAGAGGUCUUUUUUUCCUGUGCCCAUUAUAGUAAGUGGAUUCACACGUUCUUGCUACUAGCCACCUCCCCACCCCCAAAAUGACAUGCAGAUGACUGACUGCCCAUACUUGUCAUCCUUCCCCAGAAGCAGCUACCUAGAGGAAACAGGCAUUUGGUGCUGUUGCCGACAAGAUUUUCCACAUGACCGUUGUUGGAUGUUUCUCCUUUCUAAACUGAGGCCACUGUUAUUCUCUGGGAGUGCUCAGUCUUGAAACUAAAGACCCAAGUUACUGAUUUUUUCUUUUUGGUAGUUAAUAGAAUGGUUGGCUUUUAAGGUUCCAAAACUGCGGCCUGGCACCCAUGCCCAGGCUUUGUUGGGCCUUUGCCCCUUAGAAAGUAACUGUGAGCAAAGGUUAGUAAUUUAUCAAUAACAGUCUCAUCUCUAGUUUUAGCAUCUCUAAUGCUUUUGCUCUCUUCCCUUCCCUUGAAGUAUAUUAGCAACUGCCGGCCAAGCCGCCAGUCCAGCCAGUGUGGGUGGAUGCCACCCUAAAAUCGUCUCUGGUUGUCCUUGUGAGACUCUUUCCAGGGACCAGGAACUUUUUCCUUCUCUGACCAACCCUGGAUUAAGACUGUACACUACCUGGUGUAUUGUGGGAUUUACUGUAAAGCCAGUCUGUCUAUAUUGAUUAAUUGCUAAAAGUACCAGAAAGACCUGGUUAGCAUAUUUUUUCAUCAAUCACAGGCUCUCCCAGCCCUAUAUUCAGUAGCCUUAAGGCAAGACAAACUAGCACUCAGAAUUUCCCAGAAGAACUUGAAACCUGGUCAGUAUUACCCCUACCUUUGAUUGUCUUGCCCCACCUAUUGUCUUAAUUUCUUGUUUCUUGGACUGUCUUCUGUCUCUUUUCUAUGUGUUCCUCCAUUCCACCUCCCUUAUUUACCUCCCACCUGCUUCUGUAGCAGUGUUGGUCUUUUCAGUGAGGUCUUGUUGCAUAGAUCCCCUUUUGGUAAGUGUUUCUUAAUAGUCAUGGAUUUUUAACAUGAGUUUCCUGGGUACUGAUUUCAGUCACACUUUUGGUGGGAUCUCUAUUGCUCUGGGCUCUGGGUUUCCAAGGAACAGGGAAUCUAUGACCCCUUCAUAAAAGGAUUGAGGGCCCUGACAGAGUGAAAAUGGUGGCCUGGAGGGUGGAGAGGGGUUGAGGCAUCUUCAGGCCUAGAUCUCACUUUGGGGAGGUACAGUUUGAAAUUUCCUUCACACCCAGCAACCCUGCCAUCCUCAGGACCCAGCACAGGACUCUUAGCAGUCCAUUAAAUGGAUUUUAAAACUGCACAGACCUGGCUGUCCUAUCCCCUGAGCACUUGAAGAUCUUGCCAGACAGUGCACUUUGGAAGGAGGUAUACAUGGGGCAGCUAAGCCAUUUGGACUUGAACUCUAGGAGACCAAAACUUCCCCCACCCUGUCCUCCAUUGGCUGAUGUGACAUCUAUUUGUAGUGAUACACCAAGAGUAACGCCUUCCCCUACCUUCAGAGCCAUCCUCUGUGCUUUGUAAUAAAAAUUGUGGGCAUUUUGUGGGUGUUUACCAUCUUAGGCUAGAGAACAGCAGCUAGGGAAACUUACCUUGGCCGGACUAGGUACUUCAUUCUCCACAGUCCCCAGUGUAGGGAAGGGUCCUAGGCCAGGUAAAGAGCACCACCUAGUGGAGUCAGGGUGAAUUAUCAGGUUGAGCUGGUGUAAGAAUUUCCAAGUUAGCCUCUGUGGCCUUGUACAUACAGGUUUUUGGUACACGGUUUGCCUAUUGUGGUUUAAGACAGGUGGGAAUAUCUUCUUUUCAUGGAAUUUAACUCAUGUGACCACCUUAACAAAACCAAACUCAAAGACCAAGUAAGUAGGAGAGUUGAUUUUUAUAGACUUCAUUGCUGGGUUUUUUCUCCUAAGUCUUCUGCCCUAAUGAAUUUACAUGGGGUUGAUUUGCAAAUUUAGACUUAAACCCAUUGUUUUUUCAACACAUCAGUUGAAUAAAGUUGAGAUUUAUUUUA